AGUAGUCUUUUUCAAAAAAAAUAAGUAAGGGGAACAAGGUUAUCCUCCAUAUUUAUUGCCUUGGCCCCCCCUAUCUCUCAUUAUUUCUCUUAUUUUCCACAUCAAGAGAUUAUGGAUAGAGAGAGAAGGAAGAGGAAGAAUUUGGAAACUGAGAGAUUAGAAAAAGAACAAGAAGAAGAUGAAGAUGAGAAAGUCGACAAGUUUUUUGCACUUAUAAGAAGCACUAAAGAUAUACGUGACCGUUUGUUAGGAAGAAAUUUAAUUGUAGAGAGAUCAUCAAAGAUUUUGGAAGAAAAUAAUAAUAAUAACAGAGAUUCAGUUCUUGGAAUUUUGAAUCCAUCGAUUCAUCAACGAGAUUUCAUGGAAAUUGAUGCUUCUGCAACUGCAGGUCCUUCCAAUUCUAACACCAACAAACAACAACGUCAAAAAGAAGAAGAAGAAGAAGAAGAUGAAAGAGGAAAAAAAUUAGGAACAAAACAAGAUUCUAAUGAAGAAGAAAAAAAAUGUAAUAUGUUGGACUUGGACCUCAAUCUUUCAUUGUAAGCUAUUUUUUUUUAAUUUUUUUUUUUAAAUUUAAAUUCUCAGAACGCGAAUCAAAGUUGUUGUUAAUCUAGUUAUGAUAUCUAGAAAAUGUUUAAUUUUUAAAGUCAUCAAUGGUUAGUGCACCUUUUUUUCUAAUUUU